AUGACCAAUUCGAAUAUUCAGUCCCAGACUAUCAGAAAGGGACGGGAUGACGACGCGGAAUCGGUAUCAUCGUAUGACUUUAUUCCGUCUCCGCACAAUCGUGUCGCUACGCUCAAUGGUCCGCCACGGUGGCAUGAAGACUUCACGAAUCGAAGCCAACAAGCAGGGAUGACUCAGGCUGGGUUCCACGCCUCUCAACUCGCCACGCCUCCGUCCGCAGACAUGCAAACGACUCUUGCCUUCAAUCCAAACGCGCCUUAUUUUCAGCCGACUACCCCGACGACGACGCAACCUAGGCUGGACGACUGGAUUGAGGUUCAACGAGUCCAGGCUCUUGUUUCUGCUCUUAUCAACGCCCCAGGAAUUGCCACCGACCCCAAAGACCGCGUCACAGUCGAUCUUUCAUAUGUGCACAGCGUCCUCCCAUCUGGGUAUAUGAUUUGGGAUUCCCGCCUUCACCGCACCGUUCUCCGAGCGGAUACGGACUUGGCUCGACGAGGCGAGGAGCUUGGUCUGGCACCACGCUACCUGGCGUGGCUUCGCGGACUGGACUCAUCCGUCAACAUAUAUGUAAUGAUCAGAGGAGGGACGGAGGAUGCAGGCCCGCGCCAAUAG